UGCGAACGGGAAUGGCCGACUUCUAGAGGAGUGUCACCAAAUGUAUGAAUGAUCGACGCUAAACGAUACAAUUAAACCUGCAGCGCUCUUUCUUUUAUUUUUCAUAGAUUUUUUUUUCUUAACAAUGAUUUUUUAGAUUUGAUAAAGUGACAAGCAUUUUUGCAGUAAUAUUCCGACAUCUACUGAUUCUCUGACAAGACCCAAGAUGGCAGGAGUGGUAGCUAAGCGAGAGGGGCCACAGUUCAUCAGUGAAGUUUCAGUGAGGGGCAAUGCCGCAGUUCUGGACUACUGCCGCACCUCUGUGUCUGCCCUGUCUGGAGCCACAGCGGGCAUCUUGGGCUUAACAGGACUCUAUGGAUUCAUCUUCUAUUUCUUGGCUUCAUUUCUCCUCUCUCUGCUACUCAUUCUCAAGGCUGGACGGAGAUGGAACAAAUGCUUCAAGUCACGGCGGUUGCUCUUCACUGGGGGCCUUGUUGGAGGGCUCUUUACCUACAUCCUGUUUUGGACUUUCCUUUAUGGAAUGGUGCAUGUAUAUUAGAGUAGCUUACGCAAAUGUAACCUCAUAAAUUUACACAAUGCUGUCUUCUGUUCUUGUUAGUAAAUAACCCAGUAGUUAAAUUAGAUUUACAAUUUGGACUGAACAUAUGCUCUGUUAUACCUGUCAAUGUAUGGACAAUGAAGUUGUCAAAUGUAUGUCCUUAUAUAAAUUUAGUGACAUUAUAUCUGGAGAAUAAUACUGUAAAAACCACAUAACAUUUGUAGUAACAGAUUACUUCUCUUUGAAGCAUAGUUUACAAAUAUUAUGAUUAUUUAAAUAAAUUAAAAAUUAAACAAC